UUAACAGUGGUGUGAAGAUGGCGACGUACUGUCGCUCUCCGCUGCUUCUACUGCUGUUAUCUUACGUGUGUCUCUGCAGCUUCGACUCAGUCUUCUGCUUCAAGGCCGCUAGCGGUCCCGCCGAGCCUCCGAACAACCCGGUCAUCCUCAGAGCCGCUGAGCAACAAGCGAAGGAUGCACCUGCCGCCGCCGCAGCCGCAGCCGCUGGGGCCUCCCAGUCUCGAAGGGCGACCGGUUGGAAGCUGUCAGAGGAGGAGGCCUGCAGAGAGGACCUGACUCGGCUCUGCCCCAAACACACCUGGGCCAAUAACUUGUCCGUGCUCGAGUGUUUACAGGACCGCAGAGAGGAAACUGACAUGGCUCCUGAUUGCAACCAUCUGCUGUGGAACUACAAAUUCAACCUGACCACGGAUCCAAAGUUUGAGUCAGUGGCCAUAGAGGUUUGCAAGAGCACUAUUGCUGAGCUGAAAGAGUGCAACGAGGAGGAGCGUGGGAGGGGCUACCUUGUGUCUUGUCUAGUGGAUCACCGUGGAAACAUCAGCGAGUUUCAGUGUAACCAGUAUAUCACCAAGAUGACCAGCAUUAUCUUCAGUGACUACCGACUAAUUUGUGGCUUCGUGGACAAAUGUAAAGAUGACAUUAACAAUCUACGCUGCGGAAGCAUCAACAUAGGACACAAGGACAUCCAUAGCCAAGGAGAAGUCAUUGCUUGUCUGGAAAAGGCUCUUGUGAGGGAGGCAGAGCAACAAGAUCAAGUCCGACCAAUCAAAGAGGAAUGUCAGAAGGCAAUUCUACGUGUUGCUGAACUUUCAUCAGAUGACUUCCAUCUUGAUCGACAUCUCUACUUUUCCUGUCGAGACGACCGUGAGAGAUUUUGCCAGAAUAUUCAGGCGGGAGAAGGAAAAGUCUACAAGUGUCUGUUCAACCACAAGUUUGAAGAGGCCAUGUCAGAAAAGUGUAGAGAAGCUCUGACAACACGGCAGAAACUGAUCUCUCAAGACUAUAAGAUCAGUUACUCACUAGCUAAAGCCUGUAAGCUUGACCUGAGGAAGCAUCGCUGCAGCCUUGACACCAACCUGCCACGAGCCCGUGAGGCCCGUCUGUCCUACCUGCUUCUUUGUCUUGAGGCCGCCGUGCACCGAGGCCGCACGGUCACUGGCGAGUGUCAGGGUGAAAUGCUGGAUUAUCGGCGGAUGCUCAUGGAGGACUUCUCUCUCAGUCCAGAGAUCGUACUGCAUUGCCGGGCAGAGAUUGAGACUCACUGUUCUGGCCUUCACCGCAAAGGUCGCACUCUACAUUGUCUGAUGAGGAUCGGCCGUGGCGACCGCAGCGCCUCAGUCGACGGCGUAUGCCAGAGUGCUCUUCAGACACUGAUCCAGUCAGCUGACCCUGGCGCUGACUACAGGAUCGACCGAGCGCUCAAUGAGGCCUGUGAGUCAGUCAUCCAGACAGCCUGCAAACAUAUCCGCAAUGGAGAUCCAAUGAUCUUGUCUUGUCUGAUGGAGCAUCUGUACACAGAAAAGAUGGUAGAGGACUGUGAGCACCGACUUUUGGAACUCCAGUAUUUCAUAUCAAGGGACUGGAAAUUGGACCCUAUAUUGUACAAGAAGUGCCAAGGCGAUGCCGCACGACUUUGCCAUACGCACGGCUGGAAUGAGACCAGCGAGUUGAUGCCGCCAGGCGCCGUCUUCUCCUGCCUGUAUCGCCACGCCUACCGCACUGAGGAGCAGGGCCGUCGGUUAUCGCGAGACUGCAAAGUGGAGGUCCAGCGAAUUCUCCACCAGAGGGCGCUGGAUGUGAAGCUUGACCCUGAGCUGCAGAGGCGCUGCAUGACGGAUCUGGGCAAGUGGUGCAGUGAGAAGACGGACACUGGCCAGGAGCUGGAGUGUCUGCAAGAACAUUUAGAAGAUCUAGUGUCCGCCUGCAGGGACGUUGUCGGCAACCUGACAGAGUUGGAGUCAGAGGACAUUCAAAUAGAUGCACUGUUAAUCAGAGCGUGCGAGCCAAUGAUCCAGGCGCACUGCCACGAUUUAGCAGACAACCAAAUCGAUACCGGUGACCUUAUGGAAUGUCUGGUUCAGAACAAACACCAAAGGGAGAUGAAUGAAAAGUGUUCAGUUGGCGUCACACACUUUCAGCUGAUUCAGAUGAAGGAUUUCCGUUUCUCAUAUAAGUUCAAGAUGGCUUGUAAAGAAGACGUGCUUCGUUUGUGUCCAAACAUCAAAAAGAAGGUGGAUGUGGUCAUCUGCCUCAGCACCACUGUGAGGAACGACACGCUCCAAGAGGGCAGAGAGCAACGGGUUUCCCUGAAAUGUCGUAAACAGCUGCGGGUGGAAGAACUGGAAAUGUCAGAAGAUAUAAGGUUGGAACCAGAGCUGUAUGAUCCUUGUAAGUCCGACAUCAGUCGUCUGUGUCCUAACGUGGCCUUUGGCAAUGCUCAGAUGAUUGAGUGUCUGAAGGAACAGAAGAAGCAACUCAGUCAGCGCUGCCACCAGCGAAUCUUCAGACUGCAAGAGGCCGAGAUGACAGACCCAGAACUUGAUUACCAACUUAUGAGAGUCUGUAAGCAGAUGAUCAAGAGGUUCUGCACCGAAGCCGACGCUCGGAACGUUCUCCAGUGUCUGAAACAGAACAAGAACAGUGAGCUUAUGGAUCCCAAGUGUAAACAGAUGAUCACCAAGCGACAAAUUACGCAAAACACAGACUACAGGCUGAACCCAGUAUUAAGGAAAGCUUGCCGAGCUGACAUUCCCAAAUUCUGCCAGUCCAUCAUUAACAAGGCGAGCGAGGACAACGAGCUGGAGGGUCAAGUGAUCGCCUGCCUCAAACUUAAAUACGGCGACCAGAGAUUGUCUACUGAUUGCGAAGACCAGAUCCGAGUUAUUCUCCAGGAGUCUGCUCUUGACUACAGAUUGGACCCGCAGCUGCAGAUGCACUGCUCAGACGAGAUCUCCCGACUCUGUGCGGAGGAAGCGGCCGCUCAAGAGCAGACGGGUCAGGUGGAAGAGUGUCUGAAAGUCAACUUGCUCAAAAUCAAACAGGAAGCCUGCAAAAAGGAGGUUCUGAACAUGCUAAAGGAGAGUAAAGCAGACAUCUUUGUGGACCCGGUCCUCCACACAGCCUGCGCCUUGGACCUCAAACAUCACUGUGCUGCCAUCACGCCGGGCAGGGGAAGACAAAUGUCAUGUCUGAUGGAGGCCUUGCAGGACAAGAGAGUUCGCCUGCAGCCAGAGUGUAAGAAAAGACUUCAAGACCGCAUCGAUAUGUGGAGCUACGCUGCCAAGGUGGCACCGGCAGAGGGUUUAUCAGACCUAGCCGUGCAGGUGAUGACGUCACCCUCUAAAAACUACAUCCUGCUGAUGAUCGCGCUGAGCCUGUGCGUCCUCUUUCUGAUGGGGCUGCUUUGCGGUCGAAUCACCAAGCGCGUGACCAGGGAGCUAAAAGACCGGUAGAAGCGCCUCCACCUGCUUGGGCCCCUUUGUCCUCGUCCUCUUCCUCCUCAGUCUGCCAACAUGCCCAGUGCCAACGCCCAGCGCAUCUCUUUUUGAGCUUCGCUGUAAUAUCGCCCAUCACGGAUUGUCUCACCAAAUCAAAGCAUCUCCCCUUUGAGUAAAUGUACGCCUCUUCCUGAGGAUUGGAGUUGGACAUGAGAUGACUCGGUAUCAAACACAAAAAAAAGAGCGCUGCUAGUGGCGUGACUGAGGACUGCUGAGGCUAGGACAUCCUUCUUCUUGUUUUUGGUCAUGUUUAAAGAAGACUGGAGCAUGCAGAGCCUCAAGUGAUCUUUUUCCUUGAUUUUUGAAGAGACGGCAAACAGCAGCUUGAAAUGCGAAGUAAACUUUCAGACGUUUUGCUGUUGCUUUGAAACAAAUGGAAUGAAUUCUGCAGUCCCGUCCUCUUUUCUCGUGUACAGGAUCUGCCAUGGCUCGCCACAUUCAACGAGAUCCAACAGUCCAUGAUCAUUUUCAUUUCUAUGCCUUUUUUUUUUGUACGGUUGAUCAUUUCUGAUGAGAUUUUCAUUUGUCUAGUCAAACCAUGCAGUACGAAGUCUAAGUUUUGAUAGGGGUCGCAAUAUUUAAUACCUGAUCACUAAGGGUGUAACGGUACAUGUAUUUGUAUUGAACCGUUUCAGUACAUGGUGCUCGGUUCGUAACGAAGGCGUACCGAACGAGUUUCUGACAAAAGGUAACCCUUACUGUUCGAGGCCGUGAGUCGAUCAGGUUAGUUUCUUUGUGUAGAUUAUAUUUACUCCGUCUUCUCGACUAUAAUGUGGACCAUCACGGUUGGACAGUAUAACCCAGAAACACCAACGGCGCGUCAACGUGGCCGCCGCGAGAACGCAGUGAAACGCAGGCGUUAAAGUCAAUCAGCCAGUGCACACCAGUCGCAGUGCGGCCGCGUGUUAGACGCGUCCCAGAAGCGGCUCAACACAACGCACGCAAAAAGAACGGCAGAGU